UCGGUGACGAACGGGAAGAGGCGGAGUCUGCAGCUCGAACACGGAAGAGAAGAAGACGGCGGGUCGUGACCGAGCUCCGGGGACUCAUGGGCUCCACAGCAGUCGCUCCGUGCGCUGAAAGAUGCUCAUUACGCUGUGCUACAUCUACCUGUGGCUGCGCUUCCAGAGACACUACACGGCCGUGAUCCGCAGCGCGUUACACCGCCUCAGCGGCGGCCGGAGCAGCUUCACGUUCUGCGCGCUGAAGCCCGAGAGAGCCGAUCUGCCUGAGGACACGCUGUUCCUGAGGCUCGGAGACAGAGUCAUUUACAUCACCGAGCCGCAGGCGUGUGUUGACCUUAGUAAGUGGACACUGUUGGGCUCUUCGCUAAUUUGUGGUCGGCGGCUAGAAAGCAUCGCCUUCAUCAUAGAGGCCACAUCAAGACAGAAAGUUCCAGCAUCUCCAUACAGAACCAACGAGAAAGUGCUGAACUGGUCUGAUUACUGUCUGCCGUUGGCGCACAGUCCAGGACAGCCGUACCGGGCCGUCGCUGAAGCCAGCCUGGAGAAUUUCAGCCGCCUCGGUGUGGCUUUUAUGGAAGAUCGUCUGCACAUGGGCAAUGGGCUCAUACCUGAAAAGAUAGUUUCCGUGUUACUCAGAGAGACGGUGCUCGGAGAGCUGUUCGAACAGCAGCAGGACGCCAGGAGGAUCGAGACCGAGCCGACUGAGCCACGAGACUCUCCACAGCCUCCCAGAAAGAGCAGCCUUCAUCUGGAGCAGCAGCACAUGGACGGACACCACCUGCACCUCUCCAGCUGCCACGAGUGUCUGGAGCUGGAGAACAGCACCAUCCUGUCUGUGAAGUGCGCCUCCGCGGAGAACAUCCCAGAUCUGCCCGACGACGAGGAGGAGAGCGGGAGGAGGAACGCCAGCGGGAAGCCACCCAACCUGCUGGUGUUCACAGGCGGCUGCGAAGAGCAGUUCCAGAAGAUCCGCUCGCUCCUGGAGGAGUGUGUGGACACGGAGCGCUACGCCAUCUACCACCUGCGGCCGCAGCAGGCCCUGAGCGAGCCCUGGCUGGAGAACACGCUGCUGCUGGUGCUGGCCACUGAUGAGACGCUCACGCCACAGCUGCAGCUGCGCUUCCUGUCCUACCUGAGCCACGGCGGGAAGCUCCUGGGCCUGUCGUCCUCGCUGUGUCCCGCCGGACUCACGCUGCGGCCCAGAGAUGCGCAGAACGACCGCAUCUGCAGCCUGACCUUCAGCAGGUCGGACAGCACGGAGCUGCAGCUGAGCGUGUUGUCCAGCGGGAGUGUGUACGAGCGAGACGGAGCCGGCGGAGGAGAGGUGGAGCUCUGGGGCCAGAUCAGCGCGCAGGACGAGAGGGAGAUGGCCAUCGUGCGCGUGACUCACGGAGAGGACAGCGGAGAGGCCGUCCUGUGUCAGGUGCGUUUGGAGACGGCUCCGGAUGCUCAUGAUGCUCAAGGCUCCGCCGGCUUCUCAGAGCUGAAGAUGAGCAACGGCCGGCGCUACGAGGUUCUGACGGAGAUCCUGACGUCUCUGGGUCUGAGCUGUGAGCUGAGUCAGGUGCCUCCACACAGCCCCAUCUACCUGCUCAGCACAGACACGGAGCAGACGGGCAGCUUUCUGCGCUGGCUACAGGAGCAGGCGGGUGGUUCGGGUGGAGUUCUGCGGAGCGCAGCCGGAGUGCUGAAGGUGGUGUGGGCUGGAGACGAGCCUCCGGAUCUGUGUGAGGGUGAGCGAGUGUUACACACCGAGCCGCCCCAGAGUUUCUCUGAGCACUUCAGCCUGCAGACGUACAGACAGCACCUGCAGACGCAGCGGCUCGGACGGACCGUCCUGUACGCAGACGUCACCUCCAGCACCAUGAGCAUGCUAGACGGGCUGAUGUCGCAGUCGCCACAGGAAACGGGGUUAAUCGCCAUAGCAGCUCGUCAGACACAGGGCAAAGGCCGCGGGGGGAACGCCUGGCUGAGUCCGCUGGGAUGCGCCAUGUUCACGCUCCACCUGCAGCUUCCUGUGGACUCACGGCUCGGACAGAGGAUCCCCUUCCUGCAGCACCUCGCCGCCCUCGCCGUGGUGGAGUCUGUGCGCACGCUGCCCGGAUACGAGGUGCACACACACGUGAUUGUGUCUGCUCCACUGAAGUGUGUGUGAGAGUGUGUGUGGGAUGCAGAGGAAGUACUUUAAAUAAAUUUCAGGAGAAAUGUUGAACUGAGAAAUAGAGGUGUCGAAAUUAAUCGUUUCUAAGAUGCAUCGCGAUGCAGACGAGGACGAUUCGGUAUCGAUUCAGUAAUAGACCAUUAUAGCACAGCCGCGUCCGCACAGCUUUCUAAGUAUACUCAACCGCGCUCACGACACAUGCACAGUACCACAUACUUGACUUGCGCUCUCUCUCAACAUUCACCUCACGCAUACGCUGUUGUA